UCAAUCCAGUGACGUCAGAUAUCAUCCGAUUUUCAGUGACAUACGAUUCGCUGAAAUUUGUAUGCUGAUUGGAAAAUUGUUUAGCAAAAAAAAAGGUGAUUUCAGUGUUAAUUUCGCGAAAAUGGCCGAAAAUAUCGGCGGUUUUAAUGCUGCAGACGAUUUUAAUAUGUCCGAUCUGGUGGAAAUCGAUGAUAUAAUAAAAAAUGAGUUAUUUGAACAAGAAUUGUUGUCCCACCUGGACGAAUUCCCCAUCGAUUUCGACUUGGAAGGCAUGAAAAACGACGCAUUUUUGAACCCGGAAGCACUGUCCUCAAAUGAUAGUGCCUAUCAGAGUGAUUCGCCUUUCAGUGUAGCCGUUUCACCUCAACUGUCGCCCGACUAUCGCCAACAGCCGCGCUACCAGCUUGUAAAUCCUCCGACGCUUCCUCAAAGUACCGCCGCCAUAAAUCAACCUCCACAAACCGUCAUAAUAUCGUCGGCUGCGGUGCCUCAAAACCCUUCUCAUGUUGUGUACAGCACUUUGCCUAUUCAUACGAAUCAGCACAUCAUCGUCCAACAGCAAUCAAUGCCCAGCAAGAAGAAAUCAAGUGCUAAGCAGCAGAGCAGCACAGGGCCGAUGAUUAUCCAGAAUGUUGGAAACUUGUCCGCCGAUCAGGUUGCUCCAGUGGUGUUACAGGCUAAACUGAUUACAUCGGAGAGUAGUUUGGCGAGUGCCCCAGUCAUGUACACUACCGCCAGUCCAUCUUCAUCUCUGCACACUUUACUCGGCAACCCCCAAAUACUCACCACAGCCGGAAUACCCGUUAGGAUCGAUUCGGAAAAUAAGGUGGCAAUAAACCGAAUGCCACCAGUCAAGGAGGUGAAAGUGAAGGAAGUGAAAAGAAGCGCACACAAUGCCAUAGAAAGAAAGUACCGGACAAGCAUCAAUGACAAAAUCGUCGAACUUAAAAACAUUGUUGUGGGAGAGGAAGCAAAGUUGAACAAGUCGGCGAUUCUUCGAAAAACCAUCGACUAUAUCCGGUUUUUGCAAAACUCCAACGCCAGAUUGAAAGAGGAAAACAUGGCCCUUAAAAUGUCGACCACCCAAAAUACCCUCAAAGGCCUGCUCACUAAUAACGUUAACUACGAUCCAGAAGAUACGCCGCCUCAUUCGGAUGUUUCAUCCGAGCAUUCAUCGCCUUCUAGCCCGGAAUUCUCCACCAUGGUUAAAGAUGAUAGCGAUGAUGAGGUAUUGCCCAAUUCCAAAGGAAUGCUGGACCAUUCCAGGCUGACUUUGUGCAUUUUCAUGUUAGCCAUGGUGGCUUUCAAUCCGUUUGGUUUCGCGUUGAAAAAAAUUUCUAGCGCUGAAAGCAUCAGCAUUCCCGGCGGAAGGUCUAUGCUAGCAUGGAACGAGCGGCAAACUGUGUCAUUUUUUCCUUCAUCUCUCAUGCUGUGGAUUGUAAAUAUCCUGAUUUUAUGGUUCUGUCUGGUGAAAAUGUUUGUCCAUGGCGAUCCGAUAUUAUCCCAAAAAUCCAGAGAAGCCAACAAGUACUGGAUCCACCGGAAACAGGCUGAUAUUCAUCUCCUUGAGGGCGAUAAAUUCGGGGCGAAACAAGAACUUCUGCGGGCCUUGCAAGCAUUUGGCAUAACUUUGCCCACCAGUCGGUUGGAAUUGUUCUUGUGCUUCUUUUGGCAACUGUUUAGACAAGUCAUGCAUAGGCUAUGGAUUGGACGCUAUUUAUCCAGGCGAGCUGGCGGUUUUUAUAUGAACGGGCAUAAGAGAUUCGAAUGCAAGUCGUCCUGCCAACAGCUGGCCUUAGUGUUCAACGACCUACAUAAGGUCCAGCUAAUGCAAGGCCCUGAGGAAGCGUGCCAUUUAUUCGGAUUAACCACCUCACUGAAUGCUCUCAACCUUGCAGAAGCUGCCAAAGGCCGAAUAAAGCCGGCAGAUAUGAUCGACAUUUACAUCGGAGUAGCUUUGCGAGUCAAAGCCAGUUUGCCCGGAUUUUUCCACAUUGUUUCUAAAUACUACUUGGGCCUGGCAAAGCUUGCUUCGAUCAACUCUUGCGACCCGAUACCGCUGAGACUCAAAUGGCUGUUUACGCCCUACGGCUACAAAUUCAUGUUGUCCUUCAAGUUUUCUGAGCAGUACAAGUCGAAGAAGCUGCCCUUUACUAGACUAGGAAACAAUGUGGAUCCUCUUAUUCAACUAAUGAAGAUAUACCACGAGCAUCUGUUAGAAAAGGCUUUAUCAAUUCUGGUAUCUCCCGGUCAGAAAAGCGAACUGAGUCAGGAUAAGAAAACCGACUUGAACGACGCGCUGACUUAUCUGGAAUUGUUGAACGACAAUACCACAGUUGAGGCAGCCACGGUUUUCCAGAAAAGCUCUACAUGUACGUUACCGGUUUCCUAUUCGCUUCCCAAAUUAAGGGCUUCUUGUUCGUUAGCUUACAAAGACCAUGUUGCUGAAUGGUGGGCGACCUUCAUAUCCAUAGCCUGUUAUUGGCUGUUGCAAGAAGAGGACAAUGCUGCGAAGCUGUACAAGAAGCUGGAAAAUGUGCCGGAAGCUUUAACCUCCCUUAACGAUCCUCUUCCGAAGGCGGUUUUAGCAGCGUAUAUGGCGCGAAGGAGAUAUUUAACCAUGAGUUUGAAGACGUCUCCAAAGCAAAUCGAGCAACAGUGCGAGUACGCCAGUCAAUUGUUGGCGGACAGUUUAACUUACAGCAGUUGCAAGAAGGAGGAUAGUUUGAUCUUGUUAUCGCAGUUAGUCGUAUGUGACUGGCUAUUGGAGACCAAAACCUCGCUUUGGGAAGAUUGCGUGGAGGAUGGCGCAAAGCCCCCCGCUUCCAACAAUUGCAUGUCGUCCUUCAAUAAGGACUUAGCUUCGCUUCGAUCCCUCACUCAGCAUUUGCCAUUUGCUUUGUCAAGAGUGUUUCUAUAUGAAGCCACGUUGAGACUGAUGGCGGGUGCAGCUCCGGGCAGAACCCAGCAACUGUUGGACAGAAGUCUUCGACACAGACAUGGAAAAUCUUCCAUUAUCUGUGGAAAGAGUGAUAAAGGUAAUCAGGAAAUGGGCAGCGAUAGACAGCACGCCACUGCGUUGUAUAUGGCCUGCAAGCACCUUCCUGGUCAGUUGCUUUCGUCGCCAGGCGAAAGAGCGGGCAUGUUAGUGGAGGCCGCCAAAACUCUGGAACGAAUUGGCGAUCAGAAACAGUUGCAGGAUUGUUAUAAGUUGAUGAAAACCUUAGGCACGAAUGCGGUUAUUACUAAUUAAGUAGUAGAAAGCUGUGAGCGGAAUACAAGACUAAAGUGAUUAAGUUUGCAGAUAGUUGAUAUCGGUAAGUUGUUUUUAUUUAUUAGAUCCAGAAUUUUUUAUAUUGAACUUUGACGUAUGUUGUACUAUAUUAAGGGAUUUUUGAAUAAAAAUCCGUUUGAUCUGAUUUUAACCAAA